AUGUCUGUUGCUGAGGAGUGGGGGCCUGUUGCCGAGGAGGAGGUUAUUGUUGCUGAGGAGCAAGUGCCUAGAGUUAAGGAGUCGGUGGCUGUGGUUAAGGAGUGGGUUGUUGAGGAACGGGUGGUGGAGGAUACAGACACCACCACAGUUGCAUCUAUGGAGCCAUUAGUACAUACUGAUGGAGCUUUUCCCGGAGGACCUUCUAACAUGUCUGUUUUGAAAAGAUAUGCUGACCAUGUUGCUUAUAGGAUAUGGCAGGGCGAGCGUCCAGUGCUGAAGCUCACUUCUCACAGGUCGAAGUUGAAUAACUUCCUCGAGAGACCGAUGCUUGAGCAGGUGGCGAGGAUAUUUCGGAACUUCCAUUUGAUGGACUUUACUGGAUGCUCUCUGACAAUGCUGGACACCUCUCUAUUAUCAGCUUUUGUUAAGAGAUGGGACCAGGCGACGGAGGUGCACAUGGUGAUAGAUGCUUUUGAGGUUGAUGAACUGGUUGUGCUUAAGGAGUUUGGUGACACUCGGGGCUUUCACCUCAUGAUGUCUUGGUUGAGGAAGGUUUAUAAGGAGCUUGCCAAUACAAGGAGGCACCAGGCUAUCGGAGUGACAAUAUUGACGAUGUUGUACAUGGCACUUGAUGACGCAUCUCGUCCUGACAACAGACAGCUUGCUGGUUAUUUGAGCUUGUUACAGCGUUGGAUCUACGAGCAUUUCCCUCACAUCUGUGAGCGGAAGACCCAGCAUUGUGCAGCUAUUGACCAUUGUGCGAGGAGGUGGAAGGCCAGACAGACCCUUCCAAGAGGGGUGAUUGAGUACAGGAGGAGGCUGGAUGCUCUGAUACUGGAUGUGGUCAUCUGGAUAUUGUAUACAGGGUAUGUCAUAUGGGAGAGCCAUGUGUCUAGACACUUGCCUGAGAGGUGUCUACGUCAGUAUGGUUAUAUACAGGGCAUCCCACGGCCGGUCCCAGAGACUCCAGAUGGUAGCAGUGAUCGGCCUUCAGGUACCAGGUCUUCUUCUGAUCCACCACCACCACCUUCACCUCCCGUAGGUGACCAGGACAGCUGUCUGCAGUACAUCGUCGUUCACUUGGAUACCCUCAUGGGUUUGGUGAACCCUGAUGCUGAGGUUCACAGUAUUUUAGCUAGAUUGACGGAUGUUGUCCGUGGAGGACCUAUGUAG